AUGCCUUCGCCAAACUCACACUCCCAUCCGCCCCCGCAAUCUUCAACGGGCCCCCCUCCUCUCGGCCCGCGCGCAUCGCGUCUACACCAAGUAUUCAACCAAGCGCUCGCGCGCACGCUGAAGGCGAACUCGUUUACCAAUUUUGCCAGCUGUUUCCCCACGCCAGCGCGGCAUGUCCCGGCAAGUUUGGAGAGUGUUUGGAGGCAGUUGAAUGCGAAGUUGGAGGAGAGCGCGAAGGCGGAGUUUGAGGAGAUUGUUGAGGAGAGGGAGGCUGUUGCGCACUUGAAUGAACUUGAUCGGUUGGUUUCGGAGGCUAGGGAGAGGAAGGAUGGGAGUGGUGGGGAUGACCAGGAGGGCGAUGCUCCUCACACGCUUGGCGCUGAUGAGCUCUACAAAGCGCAUCUGACGCCCUAUCUCCAGCAAAUGCAGUCAACUCUGGACUCCAAGCUUGAAGCUACGCAUGCGGAGAACGCGGAGCUGGCGCAGAGGGUCCAGGCGCAACGCCUCGAGAUCGAGAGGCUUCUUGCUCAUAUUGAGUCUGUUGUUGCGGAUGUUGAGGGCGCCGCGUCCGCGUCUAUGCAGUACAGUCUGGAGAAUCGGAUCCGUGAAGAAGCGGUACAAAUGGACGAGGAAGUCAAGGCGCAUCCAGGUCUCUAA